UACUUUACAAUCUAACGGUCUCUGACUUCUGUCAUUGAUUACCCUCGCUUCUAAUUAACACGCCUUCAAAGCUGGUGGAGCACCAAUCAAAACGCCACCUGGGGGGUUUGGGGAGAAAUGAGGCGCAUCAGCUACGCGUCCUCAGCGUGGAUAAGUGCGUGACUGCACAGCGCGAGAGACAGUCCAGGGACUGUCAGGAUCAGGAGACAGUCGUGAUCGCGAGCUCUCGGUGGAUAAUUUCAAAUCGCAUCUCCUUGGAUUGUGCACCUGUUCCUGAACAUCCUCAACGCUAACCUAAAUUGGAUUUUCAGGAAUAAAACAUGGAGCAGAGUUUUAUGCCUCGCGCCUUGUGGACUAAUGACAGCAAAUUUCUCCAUCACCACGUCCCGGAUUUCUUCACUAGUGUACAAGUUACACAGGAUGUACCAGCCGGAACAUCAUUCGGACCAUGUGUUCUCCAUAAUAACUUUUAUGACACUAUAGCAUUCAUUGCACUGAAAUCCUUUGACAAACGGAAUAAAUCAUAUGUAUUUAGGGUAGAUCCUGAGGCGAUGAAAGGCUCUCCAUUUGUAGUUCCUUGGCUACGGUUAGUACAGGCUGCAGUGAGCGCAGAAGAACAGAAUACUGAGGCCUACUUGAAAGGAGGACAGCUGCACUUUCAGACUAUUCGAGAUGUGAAACAAGGGGAGGAACUGCUUGUUUGGUACGACAAGGAGUUGUCUCAUCUUUUGGGGUUUGGAGACAUAAAGACAAAAACCCUGACAGAUGACUAUAUAUGUACGAGAUGCGGCCAGGCCUUCAAGAACGAAAACCCUUUCCUUGCCCACUGUCGUUUUUUAUGUGCGCAGGAAAAAGUAGAUAUUAUCCGGCCAACCAACGAACAGAAACAAGAAGUCAAGCGACAACGCAAAGUCAUAGAUUUUCACAACAUUGCAAGAGAUUUGGAGCACAAAAGGAACGAUUCUUCCGAAGACAUGGCCAUACUUCGAAAAAGAAAACACGAUGCUUCCUUGAGCCCCAGGAACAAAAAAACAGUUUUAUUGGAGAGAACCAACACCACUAAUCACGCCAACGUCAACAAAGACUAUCCGCAUUUUCAGGAUUCGUCAGAAUCAACAGACAACUUUUCGACAAGUGAGUCAAAAAGAAAUAAAAACAGCGCAUUUACCGAGGUUAGAAAACCCUCAGAGCAGUCAAACCCUGAACAGUCAUCACGAGAUGUAUUGGCGCCUGACGUAGGCCUACAAUCCGACUGCAGCGCGUUCUCGUUCGUUGUACCCAAGAGCGCGCACUCGGAACAGAAGAGCGCGUUCUGUGAACCCAGCAAACGCACCAUCGCGGAAUUUCAGAACACUUCACCACCAGAUUCGGAUACUAUCUCAGACUCUUUCAAAUCAAAACCUUCUCUAGGAUACAGAAAUGUACUGGCUUCGCACCUGUUUCACGCUGACUUGCCAGGCACUCAUGCAGGUGGAGUGAUGUCCGCUCCUCUGGCUACAGGAGGAUCCUUCUAUUACGCACCCGAGCAUUGGACCAGAGCUAUAGGUGGCCAGCUGCAGUCUACAUCUUCGUUGACACUUCUUCCCCCUACUUUCACUCCAAUGGGUGUUUCAGUACAGAACUGGUGCGCCAAAUGCAACCUCUCAUUCAGAAUGACCUCCGACUUGGUGUUUCACAUGAGGUCCCAUCAUAAGAAAGAGUUCGCCGCAGAGGCUCAGGUGAGGCGGAGGAGAGAGGAGAAACUCACCUGCCCCAUCUGUCACGAGUACUUUCGAGAGCGUCACCACCUCUCACGUCACAUGACAUCACAUAAUUAAGAAGAAAAACUCUGGCGCACUUUAAUAUGUUAUUAUGCAUUGACCAUAAAUUGUGCAUUUAGGCUACUUAAUGAUGGACAUUUGUAGUUAGGCUGCUAUUGGACAGAGCAGGUAUAUUGCUGUAACAAAUAGCAAUACGUUACAGACGUGGUAAAAACUUGAACCUUUCAACCAUUUAUAAACAGUAAAGCGUCGUCAUUUUCUCCACCGGUCAUUGUCAUUUCAGCCAUGUAGUGAGCUUUGGUCGUGCAGUUCAGGG